AUGAUAGUNNNUACUUGUGAAGCCUGUUAUGAUAGUGAAGUGAAUAACUCCGAGGUCGGAAGAAAUGGUGGCAAAUGUGUGCCUGGGAAGUACAAAAGUUCAAGUCCAUAUGAUAGAACGAUUGGAUUGAGCAACGAGCUUGUUGAUUUGCCGAAAGUGAUGAAUUUUCCUGCAGAAAGCAUUGCUUUCUUGGCAGUACUAAUGCUCAAAGUGGCUGGUUUUCAACUAAAUCUCUUCCUGAGAUUUUUCGCUUUUCCUAUUUUGAUAUUCAACUUUUGGCUAAUGAUCUUGAUGUUUCCCUUUCAAACUCUUACAUGGAUUAGAGAGAAUUUGAAGAAAAGGCUGAUGGAAGUUUGCAAUGCAUCCUGCUCGAUCUUGAUUGCCUUCAUAUUUAAUCAGUUUACCGCGCAAAAAUCAGUGCUGAAAAUGGCAUUAAGAUUCAGUUGGGCCAUUUCAUUCACAUUCUAUGUUUUGUUCAUGCUACUAGGUCUGCUAAUCUCAGGGUUUGUAAUAGGUAGUCUUAUAGUGACAAAUCUGGUAGAAGAACCGAUGCAUACUACUGACAUCCUGUAUGUCGACUACAAUAGACCUAGCCAUGAUGCUUUUGUGCCCAUUGCAUCGUCUCUCGUNGAACCGAUGCAUACUACUGAAAUCCAGAAUGUCGACUACAAUAAACCUAGCCCUGUUGCUUUUGUGCCCAUUGCAUCGUCUCUCGUCCCUCAUGUGCCUUCCAGCGUUGGUUCAAAACAUAGAAUGUCCUCUUCAGACUACGUUGGACAGCACCCCAUUCCUAAUAAUCACAAGUUGCACCUUUCUGUCAUGUUAACAUUGCCCGAGUCUGAGUACAACAGAAAACUCGGAAUCUUCCAGGUGAGGGUUGAGAGCAUGUCUGCAAGAAGCAAAGUACUAGCUAGUUCGAGCUAUCCCACGAUGCUUCGGAUUAAAAGUCAGCCAAUUCAACUAAUAGAAACCAUGCUCAAAACUGUUCCACUCAUCGAAUCAGAAAGCAGCAAUUUGAAAGUGGAAGAUUCAGCUGAGGUCUAUAAUAGAGUAGAAACAAGGAAAAAAUGUCCAGAAGACGAAUUUUGUAAUUUGAAAAGGCUCCAACUCCAAGGGGGUGUUUAUAUUCUAAAUCUGAGGGGGAAACACCAAAAUAAGUUGUCUCCAUCUUCUAUACAGUUGAUUGAUGAAUUACGUGAUCAGGUAGUGAAGGAUAAAACUGCUUGUGCUCUGAUCACAAUCAAUGAGGGAAAAUUCUUCUCAAAUGGAACGGACAUGAACUACUUGAGGAAAUGUGAUCGACACAGAGCCUACGAAUAUGUGUUGAUGUUUCAAAAGCUUAUAAGCAAGCUCUUAACCUUUUGUAUCCCAACAAUAGCUGCAAUAAGAGGUCAUGCUGUUGGAGGAGGUUGUAUGUUGGCGCUGGCUCACGACUACAGGCUUAUGAGCUCUAGCCAUGGUUACAUUUUCGUGAAUGAGGUCGACUUGGGAUUAGCUCUAACACCAGGAAACAUGGAUUUGCUUCGUUCAAAGUUACCCCUGUCGACUUUUCAAGAAGCAGUUUUAACAGGUGGACUCAAUCCUUUCAGGCUUUCACAAGAGGGGAUGAAUAAAGCCACGGAAUACAGAUCAAGAAAUUGGAAAAGAGAGGUGUACUGCGCACUUAAAAUGGAAAUGUUCGAAACUGCAGUUCAAGAACUUGAACACGGGGGACCGGGAUAUGCAAGGAUGUAG